AUGGCUUGUGAUGGUGAAAUUUUAGUUAGUUUAAUAGAAAAAAGACCAUCAAUUUACGACUUUAAACAUAAAGACCACAGUAAUCGGACAGUCCAAGACAAACUGUGGGAGGAAAUCAGUAAGGAAAUGGAUGUCAGUGUGUCAGUGUGUAAAAGUAAAUGGACUUCUCUUAGGAAUUCAUAUGCAAGAGAAUUGCGUGAAAUAAAAAAUAAAAAAUCUGGAUCAGCUGCAUCGAAGAAAAGGAAAUGGUAUCUCUUCGAAAGCAUGAGUUUUUUGUCAGAUUUCAUGUUACAACAUAAACAAAUGAUUAGCAACGUAAGUGAUACUUGUAAUGAGCAUAACGAACGCAGUGAAUCUGAAGAAUACUCGUUUGAUACAUCAACAGUAGAAGACAAUAUAUCACCAGAAGAUGGUACAGCAUCAGAACGCGAACUAAACGAAACAGUAUUCAAAAGACCGAAAAAAUCUAAAACUCAGUUAAAAACAGCAAGUGAACAAGUAGCUGAGCCAAUGAUAGAGUUUUUAAAGUCAAGAACUAAGCAAGCUAACACCUCAGAAGAUUCAUCAGAAAUAUUAUUUUUCAAAAGUUUAAUCCCUGAUUACAAAAAACUCAACGAUAAAAAUCAACGUCGCUUUAAAACAAUUGUACAAGAUGGAGGGCAAAAUAUGAAUAACUACUACAAUGUUUUUGCAUCUGAUGUUGGAUCAGGCACGAUUACAGAUAGUAGUAACAGUAGUUCAUAUGAUUAA